AUGCCUCGCAUUCCCGGCACCUCGUUCCUCUACUCUCGUCUCCCGACAACCUUUGCCAGUGACAUGGAAAACGGAUUCUCCUCAUCGGCUUUCGAUUUGUCUGGCAAUGUUGCGUCUGGGGACUCAAGAGCAGGAUUAGACGAUGCAAGUAAGAGGGAGAUUCAGAAGAUUAUGCGGAAUCGUCGGGUCAACUUCGAUGAAGCAAGACGGAUAUACACGGAAGGACGAUUUGCUAAGAACAACAUUGGACCGGAUGGAUUACCGAGAGAUCCGAAAUUCGUCAGUUUUUCAUAG